GCUCAGAGCUUUGAUUAAUGUAAUUGGGUCACUGGGGUGCCGUUGUGUCUUUGAAUCUUCAUUUCCAGCUUUGAUUCUGCCGCUGUAUUUGUGGCAUGCAGUGCUCUGACAGCAUACCUUCACCUCAGACAGGUGUUUGUUCCAAUAGAGAGCGGUCAGGGGAGUUUAACAGGUGUAGUCUCAGCCCACAUUUUCUUUCACUCUCUCCCUUUCUUUUUCUCUGCACUUCUCUUUUAGUCUCACUCGUACAGGUGAGGUGAGUCACUGCAGGAUUCAUAUUAAAGCUCCAGAUCUAAGUGACAUGCAGGGCUGAGACAUCAUGACCUGGACAAACCCUCUGACCCUUCUUCGGCAGGGCUGGGCGAGGCACAGGGACCGGGACAAACCUGUCAGGACGGUGGUCUCCAACCUGCCCUUUGAAGAUCUGAAGAAACGUGACCAGCCGAACCGCCAGUAUGAGGGCAACGCGAUCAAAACCAACAAAUACAGACUUUGGUCUUUCAUCCCCAUGAACUUAUUUGAGCAGUUCCACCGUUUGGCCAACAUUUAUUUUGUGGGCCUGGCCAUCUUGAAUUUCGUCCCAGUGGUCAACGCGUUCCAACCGGAGGUGGCUCUCAUUCCCAUUUGUGUCAUCCUGGCACUGACCGCUGUCAAGGAUGGCUGGGAGGAUUUCCGGAGGUACCAGAGUGACCAGCAGCUCAACAAUAUGCCUUGCUUCAUAUUCAGCAGGAAACAGAUGUGCUUCGUGGAGAGGAGGUGGAAGGAUGUACGGGUGGGGGAUUUUGUGAGAGUGCUCUCUAACGAGAUCAUCCCAGCUGACAUCCUGCUCCUGCACACGUCCGACCCUAAUGGAGUGUGCCACAUGGAAACAGCCAAUCUGGAUGGAGAGACCAACCUCAAACAGAGGAGGGUGGUGCCAGGCUUUUCUACUCUCGGUGAACCAUUUCAACCUCAAACAUUUGACAGUACUGUAGUGUGUGAAAACCCCAACAACAACCUCAACCUGUUCAAAGGUUAUGUGGAGAGGCCUGAUAAGAGGAGAACAGGCUUCGGCAUCGAUAGUCUUCUGCUGCGCGGGUGCACAGUGAGAAAUACUGAUGACGCGGCUGGAAUAGUGGUGUACGCAGGACAGGAGACCAAAUCCAUGUUAAACAACAGCGGGCCCAGGUACAAACGCAGCAAGAUUGAGAGGAAGAUGAAUACGGAUGUUCUCUUCUGCGUGGUUCUUCUAUUUUUCAUGUGUCUCAUCGGAGCCCUGGGCCAUUCUAUCUGGUUGGAAACUUUUACCACUAUGCCCUCAUACAUCGUCCCUGACAGUAAUGGAAAUUACACCCCUUCAGUGUUAGCAGGAUUUUACAUGUUCUUCACAAUGAUCAUCUUACUACAGGUGAUGAUUCCUGUGUCACUGUAUGUGUCCAUUGAGCUGGUGAAGAUGGGGCAGAUCUACUUCAUCACUCAGGACAUGGAGCUUUACGAUGAGGAGCUGGACAGUCGGGUCCAGUGUCGUGCUCUGAACAUCACAGAGGACUUGGGACAAAUCCAGUACGUCUUCUCAGAUAAGACAGGGACGCUUACAGAAAACAAGAUGGUAUUCAAGCGCUGCACCAUCAUGGGGACUGAAUACUGUCAUGAUGAGAACGCUGCUCGCUUGGCGGUUGUCAAUGGAGCAAAUGAGGAGGAGGUCACUAUCUUCCAACAGACAAAGCUUCCUCCUCUCUUCCCUCUGGAAGAAAUACAGGACUGCCACACGGGAGACAGAAAUCACGCCAACACUCAAGUCACAGCUGCCAAUCGACGCAGAUCAAAAGUGGCGGCGGGAGCCCAAAGUGACAUGGCCUUCAGCAGUCCUCUGGAAACAGUGGUGGUUCCAGACAGGAAGCUGAUGCUGGAGGUGGACCGUGAGAUGGCGAGCAUCCAGAAGGGGCCCUACCUGGACUUCUUCCUGGCUUUGGCCAUCUGCAACACAGUGGUGGUUUCUACAGUGACGGCCCAGAGACAGAGGGUCAAAGGACACCGUACCUCUGCAUACUCAGGUGGUUCAUUUCAUAACAUGGGACAGUGGUUCAGAAAGGGUUCCCUGCGGAAAGUCUUCAGCUCCAUGAGAUUCUUCAGGAGAGGCGAGGACACACUCGCAGAUCCUUUUGCCAAAGAUGAAGACGAGUCUGACAUGUUUCACAGCUCAGACAUCUCCGACUCAACUACAGGGCAGAAGGUCAUUUCAAGUGAAAGCGAGUUUAAACGCAGGUCGGAGGAGGUGUGUUUUGAAGCCCACAGCCCAGAUGAGGCCGCUCUGAUACAUGCAGCAAAGGCUUAUGGGUUCACCAUGGUGGAACGCACUCCUCAUUACGUCACUGUCAAGCUGCCUGAUGAUUCGCUGCUGAAGUUUGAGGUGCUGGACGUCCUGACCUUCGACUCGACACGGAGGAGGAUGUCCAUAAUAGUACGACACCCACACACCAAUCAAAUCAUCAUGUAUACUAAAGGAGCUGAUUCAGCCAUCAUGGAGAGACUGGGGAAUGUGUUUUCAGAUAUGUCACAGGUGGGUAGUGUGGAGAAGCAAAUUGCUGUAAGAACUCAAAAAGACCUCGACAUGUACGCCAGGGAUGGAUUACGAACUCUGUGCUUUGCCAAAAAGGUUAUCAGUGAAAAGGAUUUCAAGGCCUGGUUUGCUAUCAGACAGGAGGCGCUGGCAGCCAUCGAUGAGAAAGAAGAGCGUCUUAUGGACACUGCAACCUACAUCGAGAACAACUUCACUCUGCUGGGGGCCACUGGCAUUGAGGACCGUCUCCAAGAAAAUGUCCCAGAAACCAUCCAGGCUCUGAGACGGGCUGGCAUGCAGGUGUGGGUGCUGACAGGGGACAAACCCGAGACGGCCAUCAACAUCGCAUACUCCUGCAAGCUGCUAGACCAUGAAGACCUGGUGUUCAUCUUCAGCACAAACAAGAAGUCUGUGUGUAAAAUGAGGAUAGAAGACACACUGGGAGAGGUGCGACGGAGUUCCCACUCACUUCAGCUGGUGAUCGAUGGGCCGACUCUGAGCAUGGCCAUGUCAGACGACCUGGUGGAGCAGUUUGUGGAGCUUUGCAAACACUGUUGUGCAGUGCUUUGCUGUAGAGUGACGCCGCUGCAGAAGAGCAGUGUGGUUAAACUCAUACGGCAGAAACUGAGGGUCAUGACCCUCGCUGUAGGUGACGGCGCCAAUGAUGUGAACAUGAUUCAAGCUGCAGACGUUGGCAUUGGCGUUUCUGGACAAGAGGGAAUGCAGGCCGUCAUGGCCAGUGAUUUUGCCAUCACACGCUUUAAACACCUGCAAAGACUGUUGCUGGUUCACGGACACUGGUGCUACUCAAGACUGGCCAACAUGGUCAUCUAUUUCUUCUACAAGAAUGUGGCGUAUGUGAAUCUGCUGUUCUGGUAUCAGUUCUUCUGUGGCUUCUCUGCCACCGCCAUGAUCGACUACUGGCUCAUGAUAUUUUUCAACCUGUUCUUCACCUCGGCUCCUCCCAUCAUGUUUGGGAUAAUGGACAAAGAGGUGUCAGACUCCACUUUACUGAGCCUGCCUGAGCUCUAUAAGAGAGGACAGCACUCGGAGGGCUACAGACGUUCAACGUUUUGGAUUGCAGUUCUAGAUGCUUUCUAUCAGAGUCUAGUGUGCUUCUUUAUUCCAUACUGGACAUACAACGGUUCAGACAUCGGCAUAUUCUCGUUCGGCACUCCCAUGAACACGGUCUCUCUGUUCACCAUCAUCCUGCAUCUGGCCAUUGAGAUCAAGAGCUGGACGCCGGUGCAUUGGGUGAUCAUGGUCGGCAGUGUGCUGGUGUACUUCAUCGUGACUCUGGCCUACAGUGCCAUCUGUAUCAGCUGCAACCAUCCCUCCGACCCCUACUGGAUCAUGCACAAACAAAUGGCCGAUCCCAUGUUUUACCUCGUCUGCAUUUUAACAACUGUUGUUGCUUUAUUGCCAAGGUACACCUUGCAUGUCCUAAGGGGAACGCUGGCACCCUCCCCUCACCUCCGCGCGCGGCAGCUAGAGCGGCUCCCCCCCUCCCAUCGGGAGCAGCGGAUCAGAGAGUGGCGUGGUCUCCGAGACACGUGUAUUCCUCCUUCUCUCAGAUCCCAGGAACACAGCUCCUCUGCCUGCCCGAGUGCAUAAAGUACACACCACAGUCCGGCACAUGUACAGAGAACGACAAUGCCGCAAAGCUUGAAUUUUUCAAACCCGUUAUUUAUAUUUUGCACACACGGAUGCGCAUGCACUCCAAGGAAUGAAGCUGUGCUUUUCUAUUUUGAAUGUGCUCUUUUGCUCCCACAAACCAUUUGCAUGAACUUCACAUGUUUCUGCGCGGCUCAGUUCACACUUGAUCAAUACAUGCGUGGCGUGAAUGAAUGUAAUCUGUUGGGUGGAUGAUGCAGCUGAGCCUUUUCUCUUCCUGUUGUCAUGUGGACCACAUUUGUAUGCAUUUGCGCUUUGAGCUGCUCAUGCAAUAAUUGAGGUUUGCAGAUGUUACAUAAUAUCUCGGUUCAUAUAUUCAGAGCUUGUUGUGCAUGCUGAGAGAAAUACAAGCACCACAGUGCGAUUGAGGAGGCUGGAUCUUCUUCUUAAUUCCUAAUAAAUUUAUUGGCUCCUAAA